CCGUUCACGACAAAUUGUAUUGGCUACGUUCGAAUCUUCGGAAUAUCGGAUCUUGGAUGUUAUCAAUUACCCUAAGUUUGUCAGUGUGAUCAGAGUUCCGCAAAAUGAAGCAUUUCCUCACAUUGGUUGUGGUAAUCAUCAUUGGUUUGGGAGUUGAAGUCUCCUCGGUCACGUCUCGAAAUAACACGCGAGCAGGGAAACUGUUUUCCAUAUUUCAGAUCGUCAACUUUCCUAAUGCUCCUUGUGUGGGAUCCUCAACCAGAAACGGAACAUGUUUUACAUCCGACGAAUGCUCAUCGCGAGGUGGAACCUCGGCUGGAACCUGCGCCCAAGGAUUUGGAGUUUGCUGUACCUUUACUGUGGCCUGUGGGGCCACAACAUCGCAAAACUGCACUUAUCUUGUUCAAGAAGCCACCACCAACCCCCCCGCCAAUCCAUGUACGUUUACUAUUUGCAAGCAAUCCUCUGACAUCUGCAGGAUUCGCCUCGAUUUCACGACCUUCUCAAUUGCUGGACCAGCCAUAGGUACGACAUCAACUGGUACCUCAAUACCAGAGGAUAAAGGUGGUUCAGUUGGAGAUUGCAAUGUGGAUUCAUUUAGCGUCACCGCUCCAGGGUAUAAGUCAUCUCCUGUAGUUUGUGGGUUCAAUUCGGGUCAGCACAUGAUUCUGGAUGCUUCCGGUAUAUGCCAUAAGGCAACUUUUGAUUUUACUGGAACUGGAUCAACUCGUCAAUUUGAUAUCAAAGUCACUCAAUACACUUGUGGAGAUGAAAGAGGAGGUCCAAAAGGCUGUCUCCAAUACUUCACGGGAGUUUCAGGAAAGGUUGCCAGUUAUAACUUUCCAACAACAUCUGCAACGAUAUCUUCAACAGUGACACACUUGUCAAGUCAGUGUUACACCAUGUGUUUUCGACAAGAAGUAGGCAAAUGUGCCAUUUGCUUUACCGCCGUGAAAAUGGGAUCAGCCAUCAUUGACCAAGGAUCUUUUGGUCUGUCCGUCUCAAGUACUACAGCAGCAGCAGUGACUGGGGUUCAAGAUUCAGGAUGUACAUCGGACUACCUGGAGAUCCCGGGCAGUGAAAGAGAUGCUGCUGCUCCAGAUGACUUCACCGUGGGAACCACUGGAUCUCAUGGUCAUGAUCGUGUGUGUGGACGAUUUUUUGGAUACUCUGAUACUGACUUAGUUGGAGUUGGAGCUGUUCUGACAAUCAUAGAUUAA